AUGAUCCCAAAAGACAUCCUAUGCUGUUUUUGGGAUUUAGAAUCAACUGGAUUGCGAGUGACGUUGGAUAAUAUUAUCCAGAUUGGAUGUACAUGUCGUUUGUUUAUCAGCAAUGGAAAGAACCGACGUAGGUUGUUCGAUUACAUACGCGACGGGGUAGAACAUGACUAUACGCGUUAUGUUAAGACAGGUUCGAGGAUACCCACCGAGAUUUCCAACCUUACGGGUAUAACUAAUAGACUGUUAGAUGAUAAAGGUACUAGCCUGCGGCACGCGCUAGAUGACUGGGAAAACUGGAUCCACAGCUUACUGCGCAAAUGCCCCAGGCCGACAUUAACCGAAGUGUGGUUCAUUGCUCACAAUGGCAAUCAAUUUGACCUGCCCCUGUUGUUCUAUCAAGAGAUGACCUUACUCAAACAACAGCCGGGCACUUUCUUGAAGCAGGUCAGCCUUCAUGUCCCGAUGUGA